UGUAUGUCUUUCAUUCUUUUAGAUUUUAAAAAAUGUUCUUUUUUCUUUACUUGAAAAUUUGAUUUAAUACCCACCUAAUUAAUGAUUGUAUUUUUUUCGUAUUUCUCUUACGACACAAUUUAAAAUGUUUAAAAAUAGUAUAAUGUUGACAGUUAAUUUUUUUAAUUACUGUAUUAAGAAAAUUGAUAAUGCAUCAAUAAGUCUAUCCCUUUGUUUUGUCCAAUAAAAAUAUGUCAUCUGCAAUGGCAUUUCUUUCAUGUAUAAAAUUAUGGUUUUCCAUUUUGGUAUCUAUUAUUACAAUAAUUAUUUUACAAAGUUUAUUACCAGUUUUAUCAAAUUUGAAUCAAAAUGUAUCUUCAUUAAGUACUUUCAUUAACAAUAGUCUUGGAUAUUGCUUAAUAUUAAUCCCUGGAUACUGGCUUUACAAAUUUGCAAAAAAACAAGAUUUGGGAGAUAACCGGUUAACAAGUAGAUUGUUAAAAACAUUGUUCGGGGAUAAACAUGAUUUAGAACCAGAACAACCUUUAUCACCCAGUUACAAUGGACCAGCUAAUUUUAGAAAAGAUAUAAUAACCUUUGUAUACUGUUUUGGAGGCUUGCAAGUAUCUUAUUUAAUUUGGGGUGUAAUUCAAGAAAAAAUGAUGUCUGAGCGUUAUGGUACAAAUGAAUCUUCAAAAUUUCAUGAUUCCCAAAUGUUGGUGUUUUUAAAUAGAGGUUUAUCUACAGUUUUGUCUGGUAUAUUUUUAUUUAUGAAUGAGGGAAUAAGAUCUAAGAAAUCACCUCCAUUAUAUAAAUACAGCUAUUGUACUGUGUCCAACAUUAUAAGUUCUUGGUGUCAAUAUGAGUCACUCAAAUAUGUCAGUUUUCCUACUCAGGUUUUAGCAAAAACUUGUAAAAUUAUCCCAGUUAUGUUGAUGGGAAAAUUAAUGUCUGGUAAAAAGUACCAAUAUUACGAGUAUGUCACGGCAGUAGGAAUUUGGAUUGGUAUGGCUAUAUUUCAAUUUUUUACAGAAAACAAACAUUCUGACAUCACAACUUGCGCAACCGGAGUUAUCUUACUUGUAGGAUAUUUAGCAACAGAUAGUUUUACAUCAACAUGGCAAGGAAAAAUGUUUACACAAUACCAAGUUACUUCUAUGCAAAUGGUUUUUGCUAAUUCAUUACUAUCAUCACUUCUUACAACUAUUCCACUGUAUCAAGUGGGCUCAUUCAAAAAAACAUAUGAAUUUAUUAAAGAGUAUCCAGCAUUUUUAACUGAUUGUAUAGUUUUGUCUGUAAGCUCUGCAUGUGGACAAUUAUUCAUAUAUAGAACUAUUUCUAAGUUUGGACCAAUCGUGUUGACUAUUAUAAUGACCAUAAGACAAGGUCUGUCAAUAGUAAUUUCCUGUAUAAGAUAUCAUCACCCUGUUGGCAUAAUGGCUGCACUUGGAAUUGUUUUUGUUUUUAUUUCAGUAUUUGUACGUUGCUAUUGUCACUUCCGUAUCAAAUCAAAAAAAGUUCCUAAUCAUGCAACAUUCAAAGUAUAAAUAAAGGUAAUAAAAUUGACUAGUUUAUGAUUUUUUAAAAAAAAUAUCUUGUGUUUAUGUACAAAUAAAAAAUAACAAAUAAUUGUUUUUAAAUUACAA